AUGAUACGCGCUCGAUUGCCGAUACGACCCUCACGAAUGGGUAUACAUACCCCACUUCGGCCGAUCCACUCUUCACCAUUACUAUCAUUUCGACAAAGUAGUACAAAAUCAUCGAGUACCAAUACCCUCUCCUCUUCGCUAUCUACUAGGAAUCCAAGGAUCAGUUUCAACUUCUUCCUGCCUCACCAUCGACCAGCAUCAAUUUCUACAUCUUCAUUGAUAUCCAGAAACCAUUCAAGAGCGUUUUCAAUCCCAUCAAAAUCGUUCAAUGCGAGAUAUCCGUAUACAUCUUUAUUGAUACGAUUAGGCGUUUCGUCAGUUGUAGGAUUGAUUGUCCUCACUUCAGUCAUCCUGUUCCAUGAUGCUUUCACUUAUUCCGAAAGACAUGUGGACAGAGUACCUUGUAAUCCGCUAAGUCUAAAACCGAGAUUAGGUGGUAAAAAGAAUUUACCAAUCUUAGAAGUAAACUUAGAUGAUGAAGAGGAUGAUACCAAGAAAGCCAUGAAAGAUAAACCUAGAUUAGUAGUCAUCGGUGGUGGAUGGGGUGCCGUCGCUUUACUUCAAUCUUUACCUGCUCACGCAUAUAAUGUUACUCUCAUUUCACCUUCGACCUAUUUCGCAUUCACACCGCUUUUGCCAUCAGCUUGCGUGGGUACUGUAGAGGUACGAUCACUGGUUGAGCCUUUACGAAAGAUCAUAGCUAGGGUCAGAGGUCAUUACCUGAUGGGUUCAGCUGAGGAUUUGGAUAUGACUGAAAGAUUAGUAGAGGUCGAGGUCCCAAAAGAGGGUGGAACAGGAACGAUGAGGUGUUAUGUGCCUUAUGACAAAUUGGUUAUCGCCAUCGGAUCGACGACAAACAAUCACGGCGUUAAAGGUCUUGAGCAUUGUUUCCAGCUGAAGACCGUUCCUGACGCCCAAAUGAUUCGUAGAAAGAUCAUGGGCAAUCUCGAACUGGCUGCUUUACCUACUACGACACCCGAGGAGAGGAAGAAGCUGCUGUCUUUCGUAGUUUGCGGUGGUGGACCUACAGGUGUUGAAUUCGCAGCAGAGCUGGCUGAUAUGAUGGCCGAGGAUGUGCUGAAAUACUUCCCCAAACUUCUCUCGAACGAAGUCAAGGUUACUGUUGUUCAAUCAAGAGAUCAUAUCCUCAAUACUUACUCCGAGAAGAUUUCACAAUACGCUGAGAAACGUUUCGCUCGUAACGACGUGGAUGUAGUGAUAAAUGCUCGUGUUCAAGAGGUACAGCCAGACAAGGUAAUAUUGAGCAUAAAGAACCCCAAGGACAAGGAUGCUAAGCCUGAGAUCAAGGAGAUCGAUGCAGGAUUUGUACUUUGGAGUACUGGUAUCGCCAUGCAACCGUUUACCAGACGAUUGGUCGAGUUACUUCCCAACCAAUACCACUCCAAGGCCGUGGAAGUCGACAGCUAUCUUCGAGUACAAGGUGCACCUCAAGGAACAGUUUACGCUUUAGGUGAUGCAGCCACUGUACACGCCAACUUGAUCGGCGAAUUAUAUGAACUUUGGGAUAAAUUCGACGCCAACAAGGACGGUACACUUGAUUACGAGGAAUGGCAAAGUAUGGUCAAACACAUUAGAAAGACCUAUCCGCUCGCUUCCAAGGCAUUCGCAAAGAUGAAAGAUGUGUUUGAGGAAUAUGAUAAAGACAAGGACGAUAAGUUGACUUUGAACGAGGUUGCUACUAUGUUCCUCGAAACUAGCAAAAAAGUUACCAGUUACCCUGCGACCGCUCAAGUCGCUUCUCAACAAGGUAAAUAUCUGGGAGGAAUGUUCUCCAAAUUGGCGAAACAACACGAUACUUUAGAGAAAAAUGGUAUUAAGGAUUUCAGCGAUGAAGCAUAUUAUCAUCCAUUCGAGUACUUCCAUCUUGGUAGUUUAGCUUAUAUCGGAAACUCCGCCGUUUUCGAUUAUGAAGGAUUCUCACUUGCUGGUGGCCUGUUAGCAAUGUACGCUUGGAGAUCGAUCUAUUGGUCCGAACAAACUUCCAUGAGAACAAGGAUGCUUUUGAUGCUUGAUUGGGUUAAAAGAGGUAUCUUCGGAAGGGAUUUAUCAAAGUUCUAA